AGCAUCUAAUGUCGAACACUUAAUGAGCUAUUGAUUUUGGGGAAUUAUUUACAGCUACAAGUGCUAGGACACGGGAAAGCGCGUUUUCAAAUAAAUGUGGACCGUAAGAGACAAUGUUCGUUUAGAUUGUUUUUUAUCGAGGCUUUGGUCAACCGGUAAACGCCCGGAAGUUGCCCAGUUUUGUGUUUUGUUCGGUUGUGGGCUUUUAUCGUGCCCAACGGUGAUAGAACUAGUACAGCUUCAACUAUGAGUACAUAUAAUACAUCUAUCAAAAACGAUUUCGUUUUAAGACAAGUCUUAACCUGUCAGCGUUUCCCAACUAAAAUUUGCAAAAUAUUGAUUGAAUCCGAAAUUUGGCAUCUUCAAGUGAUUUUUAGAUUAUGAUCAAGUCGGAAAAAUGAAAAUUUCGAAAAUGUAAAAAAUAAUCUUGUUGUUAUGAUUUGAUUCGUCAGCAUUCCCCAGAAUGUUUGGAAAUCACCCCGCAUAUUUUAGCUUUUGAUUGGGAAGUGCUUGUAGCGGAAUUAGUACUAAAGUCAAACAACUAAUUAGUUCAAAUGUCUAUAGUUUCCCUUCAAAUUGGCCAAUGUGGUAAUCAAAUUGGAGCAAAAUUUUUCAGUACUGUAUAUGAUGACUGUUGUGCCAAGAAGAAUUCACUUCUAUCAAAAACCGAUACAGAUUAUAUUAGAGACUCAUUAAAUACAUUUUUCUACCAAUCUUCAAAAGGAUGUUUGACAGCCAGGUGUGUUCAGGUAGACAUGGAAGAAAAGGUUAUUGCCAGUGUCACCAAAAGUACCUGUCCGGAAAAGUGGGGUUAUUCUCCUAAUAGCUUUUUCACAUCCAAAUGUGGUUCAGGUAAUAAUUGGGCGUACGGCUAUUUUGUUCAUGGAAGUGAAUUCGAAGAUCAAAUACAGUGCUUAAUUCAGAAUCAACUAGAAAAUUGUGAUUCACUAGAUGGAAUCUUGGUAUCUAUGAGUUUAGCUGGUGGGACAGGUUCCGGUGUGGGCACAAAAAUACUCACACAAUUAUCUGACAUUAUACCUAAAGCAUGUGUGCUCUCACAGUUAAUAUGGCCAUUUACACGUGGUGAAGUAUCUGUUCAAGCUUAUAAUGCUAUACUUACACUUGGACAUUUGUUGUCUCCAUCUACAGCAAAUAGUCUCGAUGGUUUCAUAAUGCAUCAUAAUGAUACGCUACAUUCAAUUUGUUCAAAUCGUCUUUUGGCUAGUGAUCCAAAUUGUCAAAUCGGUAUGGAUCAUUUAAAUGCUCUCCUUACUCAUCAGUUAGCUGGGAUUUUACAGCCAACUAUAAAUUAUACUGAACCAGAACAUUUUAAGGAUAAAAAACGAUUAACAUCUUAUUUAUUGGAUCUAUGUGGACAUCCUGAUUACCGAAUAACUCGUUUACGUUGUUUACCGUACAUGCCUGUAGAAAAUCGUAAAUUUUGUACAGAAACUUGGGCUCAGUUAGCUCGUCAUGCUAGACAAAUGUUAUUGACGGGUUCUGCUGUAGAAGAUAAACUUGAUUGGUCGGCCAGUACUUCAAAUUGUGGAUCUAAUAACCGAAUUGAAAAUUCACGGCUCCCAUUACUUUCCUAUUUAUCUGUAUUGCGAGGUGACGGAGCAAGUGAUCAUGUUCGAGAUUCGAAUACUUUUGUUCAUUCACUUACAAGGGAACUUUUGAUUUCUGGGCCUCCACCAGCUCAUGUUCCUUCUUCUUUUGGCUCAGUUGUUCGUGGGCAUCAUCGUCAUUUUGGAGAAUAUCCUCGUAGUUUGUUUGUUGCUUCUAAUGGUGGUGGCUCACGUAUAGACAAUGUCUCUACUGCUGAAACUGAUCGGAAAGAGUUUUGGAUGUCUGCAGCAUCCUUAGGUGACACAUCAGCUAGUUUGAAAUAUGUAUCCCUCCGUGCCUGGGAACUGUUUGCUUCUAGAGCAUAUAUACAUCAAUAUGAAAAAUAUGGAUUGACAACAGAUAUCUUAAUGGAUUGUGUUGCUACAGUAGAGCAAAUUGCACAUUGCUAUUCUACUCUAUCAUGGCACUAAGCGUUUGUGGGUUUUAUUAUUUACUCAUUCAGCUUUUGUACAUAUUUUGUUUAGUAUUUAAAAACGAAUAAAUUCGAAUUCAUUUUUUAUUCAUUGUUAUAUUUUGGUAGCGGUUUUACCUGGUUCCUGAACGCUUGAAAUUUUGAAAUUUCUCUGUUGUCGCUUUACUAGUCUUUUUAUAUUAUGAAGUUAGUGACCACCGUGUUUAAAACACUGUCUUUCAUUACAUGUAUGUUUCAUUUGUUCGACAAUAUUUGCUAGCUCUUAUCAUGUGUUCUUAAAGCCAAUAUCAAAUUUUGAUUUGAAAAGAUACCACUGUUUUCAG